UCAGAGCAGCGGAGAGGAGCGCGCGCCGCUCCGGCCCAGCUGUGUGUGAGUGGCUUUGAGGUGACAGUCGCUAGCUUUCACAAAUCAAGGAAGUGGAUGUGUCGUUCAGCUAAAAGCAGAAACGGACACAAAGCCGUCGACUUUUCCGUACGAGGCUCCUGAUAUUUCUAGGCAGAACCACCAUGUCGGCAUGUACCUCAUCAGCCUCUUCAGCGUGAGGUCUCAUCAGCUGCCUGUCACCCUGAUUGUCAAACCUAAAUCCAAACAUGGCCACUGUUCCUCCUGGGAUCCGCUUGCUGGUGUCCUUUGACAGGGACCAGUGGUACAGAGCUUUCACCUUCAUCCUCACCUUCCUGCUUUACACCAGCUUCCACCUUUCCAGGAAACCCAUUAGCAUUGUCAAGAGCGAGCUCCAUAAGAACUGCUCGUCUGUAAUUGAACUAGCCACCAUUGCCUCUAGCAGCGGCGACAGUGGCAGCCAUCUGCCCUCCCUGCCAUCUUUCCACACAGACAUGGACUGUAGCUGGAAGCCUUUUGAUAAAAGGAACUACAAACAGCUACUGGGAGCCAUGGACUACUCCUUCCUCUGUGCCUAUGCAGUGGGAAUGUACCUCAGCGGCAUCAUUGGGGAGCGUUUGCCCAUUCGACUGUACCUAACAGUGGGCAUGCUGACCAGUGGUCUGUUCACCUGCCUGUUUGGACUGGGUUAUGUCUACAACAUCCACAGCCUUGGCUUCUAUAUAUUUGUCCAGGUAGCUAACGGCUUGGUCCAAACCACUGGCUGGCCCAGUCUAGUGACCUGCAUCGGGAACUGGUUUGGAAAAGGAAGGCGUGGACUCAUCAUGGGGCUGUGGAACUCUCACACCUCAGUGGGAAACAUCUUGGGCUCCCUGAUUGCCGGCUACUGGGUCUCCUCAAACUGGGGCCUGUCGUUCAUCGUACCGGGGCUCAUCAUUGCAGCUAUGGGCGUUGUCUGCUUCCUCUUCCUCAUUGAGCAUCCAAAUGACCUGAAAAGCAUGUACGCUAGAAAUUCUUGUCAAGGCAAGAGUUUUCCAACAAAGAGUUGGAAUGGCAUAAAUGGACAAACUGAGGUGUAUCUGCAGUAUAAGGACAGCAAAACCCAGAGUUACGACACAGAGCUGUUGUUGCCCAGGGACAGCGUGUGUGUCCCCAUGCAACCCAUGGUGGUUGUGAAGAGGGAAUCUGAGCCGUCUGCCAUCAGCUUCAUGGGAGCCCUACGGAUACCAGGAGUGAUAGAGUUCUCUCUAUGUCUGCUGUUUGCCAAGCUGGUCAGCUACACCUUCCUCUUUUGGUUGCCGCUCUACAUCACCAAAGCAGCUCAUCUAGAUGCCAAGAAGGCUGCAGAUCUCUCCACCCUGUUUGAUGUGGGAGGAAUCGUUGGGGGGAUCUUGGCAGGAGUGAUUUCUGAUAAACUGGGGAAGAGGGCCACCACCUGUGCAGUCAUGUUGCUGCUGGCUGCUCCCACACUGUAUGGCUUCUCCAUGAUCAGUGAGUUCGGUUUGGGGCCAACCAUCGGCAUGCUGUUAGUGUGUGGGGGUCUAGUCAAUGGACCCUACGCCCUCAUUACGACUGCAGUGUCUGCUGAUUUGGGCACCCACAAGAGCCUGAAAGGAAAUGCUAGAGCAUUGUCUACUGUCACAGCAAUAAUAGAUGGCACAGGAUCUGUAGGUGCAGCAGUGGGCCCCCUGCUGGCGGGGCUGUUGGCUACAGGCGGCUGGAAUCAGGUCUUCUACAUGCUGAUGACUGCUGACUUCCUUGCUCUGUUGCUUUUGCUACGGCUCGUGUCAAAAGAGCUAUGCUCGGCUAAAGCCCAUCCCAUCUCCGCUGUAGAGUUGAAGGAGCACUGAGCGCUUUGAUUGCACUGCCUCCUUGUCUAAGCCUCAAAUGGACUGUGGCUCUGACUGUAAGUAGACUGUCCUGGACCUGAGACAUUAACCAUACACAUGCACACAUGGAAAAUAAUGCAACAUGCUGCAUGUGUGUGCACACAUUGCUGUACCAGCUACGGUAGUUGCUUCCCUUGCGUCCCUGAGGCUGAAGGUGUGGCUGGUGAACCAAACAGCAGCAGACUCCAGCAGAUUUCAGUCUAGAGAAUUCAUUGGCACAUACUGUAUAUACUUGCACACAGAAAUGCUGUACUUAACUACCCUGUCUCUUUCUUGCUCUGUGAACCUAUUUCCUAUUGCAGCCAAUUUAAGUUUGAAGCCACUAUCUACUAUGACUCCAAGAGUUGGCAGAUUUAUAAAACUAGCCUUAUUUUUGGCAUGUGUAAUGGGAUUUUAGAUAAACUACAAGUAACAGUUAUUUAUCUUGUUGACUGUGUUUUCAUGGGUCCUGCUGUAGUUAAGGGCAGACUAAACCAUAACAUCUCUAACCUUAACAGUCAAGUUUAUGCCUAAACUUAACCAUCUACACUAUUACCUACUAUUACUACCUAACGGACCAUUUUUAAUUUUAUACCCAAACCCAGCCUUCCAGUGGGACCAUGGUGGCAUCUACCCUGGUUUUAGACCUUGAAUCACAUCCAUACCUUCCAGUUUCUAAGAAAUCUAAUAGAUCAGGUGUUGUGGUCAUUGGUGGCUUGAAAAAACAACCAAGCCAAUCAGCGCUUUCUGGGGGGGAUUAAGAAUGGAGUUGUCAGAAUUGGCUAGUAGCUGCCUAGCUAGACUAAAUUCCUUUAGUUAGCUGCUAUACACCGAACCUGAAUCCCUGUGGACUUAAGAUGGAUUUGUUCCUGGUAUAAUUCAGUGGCAUAUCUGUGAAAUUAUAAGUAUGUGUCUGAUAUUCUGUGUCAGAAUUAUGUGCACUUUUGGCCAAAACAGUAUAAGAAUAUGUAAUCUUCUGUGGGCCCUUUCACACAUAAAGCGAACACCCCUUUCAUGCAUGAAUCUGAAGAUGGCCUUAAAGGCAUGCUAGUACACAUGAAUAUAAACAAUGCUGAAUUCACAAAAUCACUUAGUCAGUCACUCAGUCAGUCACUCAGUGUAACUUUCUUUACUGCAAAACUCCACAGGGCAUCUUUUAAAGCUACAUUUCACCCAAAUGAUAAAACCUCACUGGCCUGUCUGUCAGGUCAGAUCAUUUUGCUUUUAUUUGUCCAGGUUUCCAGAUAUCACUCUUUAAGUUUAUGGUGCUUAUACCACUGAAAAAUUAUUCAGCAGCAACAUCUUUCCAGGAACUGUGUGUCCCUGUUGACAUUGUCAACAGUUGUCAUGGGAACUCACAGUAGUACUGUACUAUAAGCAGUUGACAGCUUGUUCUGUGAACUAUCUAGAAUAACAGCAACAGUGUUUCUAUUGACAUGUUUUAAUGCUUUGAAAAAUUCAAAUUCUAUUGAAUUGGGGUGAAUGCUGAAAUCUCCGUCUGGACAAAUAAAAUUUUCUUUAUAGAUGGAUACUACUAGAGGGAAGUCAAUAAAUAUAUUGUAUGUCUUUAUUGAGCUGGUGCUUUUAAAAAUUCUAUACAUUGUGUUUCCAAUGUGACAUGAUUGUCCCAAAUGAUUGUUUCUCUUUACUAUUUAUACAAAUGUUGUCCUUUGCUCAAAUGACAAGCAGCUCUGAUUAAAACAAAGAUGCUGGACCAACUUUAACUUCUGGGUAAAGCUGUGUGUGUGAAAGGAGGAUAUACCAAGACCACUACAACUCUCCCAUACUGUGUGGAAGUUGCCAUUUCAGUGUCACCUUUGCCUUACUGAACCAAAGAGAUUGUGGGGAACAUAUUGUAAUUUAAAUAAGACACCACUUAUUUUAAAAGUCAUUAAUUAUUCCUGUCAGUUUUGUGGUGGUUUCUGUUUUUUCUGAAUUUGUUGUCAAGUGAAGACACCAAAGUUGUAUUUUUAUAUAAAACCUGCAGAUAAUAAUGUAUGCCUUUCUGUCUGUGGGGGAUCUGAGAUAUUAUGAAUGUAAAGUUCUUGUCUAACCUCAUAUCGAUACAUUACAUAUCUUAUCUCAGAAAAUAGGAAUAUCAAUUAAUUUAUCACUUCUUCCAAUAGCUGAUCUUGUUACAAUAAAACAUCCUGUAGAAAUCGUAAAACUAAGACACUAAACGUUCAUGGUUAGUGAUAUUUUUCCAGAUCGGUUUAAUAUUUAUAAUUAUGUUAAUUUAUUAGCUGUAAACUGUACUAGAAUAAAACCCUGGUAAUGUUUGAACUUCAUGGUGAUGGCAUUGAGACAUUAUGACUUCCUUAGAACAAGACCUCAUGUUGUUUGUAUGUUUUAUGUGUCAGUGGUAGGCCUUGUACUUGAAACAUUGUGUGCCUUGUUUGGUGUUUGUCUCUUUGCUGGGCAAUUGAUUUUGUACAAAUCCAAAUAUUGAAAUGUUAACUAUGUUGGGGGGGGUAUUUUACUCCCAAAGUAUUGUAGGGAAAAAAAAUAAAACUUUUGUUUUCUUCAA